GUUUUAGUAAUAUCAGGUUUAAGUAUUUAAUUCAGGAAAAAUAUUUAUUAUUUAAAAUCAUUUUUCGAUAACUGUGCUAGUUAGCACCAUUUGAUUUUAUAACUCUUUAAAAACUCUAAAAUGCCUAAAAAUAAAGGAAAGGGUGGUAAAAAUAGAAGAAGAGGUAAAAAUGAAAACGAUACCGAAAAACGAGAGCUUAUAUUUAAGGAAGAUGGCCAAGAAUAUGCACAAGUUACCAAAAUGCUCGGAAAUGGGAGGCUAGAGGCAUCAUGCUUUGAUGGUGUUAAAAGAUUGUGUCACAUACGUGGAAAACUAAGGAAAAAAGUAUGGAUUAGUCAAGGUGAUAUUAUCCUUAUUGGUUUGCGGGAUUACCAAGAUACCAAAGCGGAUGUAAUAUUAAAAUACAAUGCAAAUGAAGCCAGGAAUUUAAAAAAUUAUGGUGAACUUCCUAUGUCAGCAAAAAUAAAUGAGACAGAUAUGUUUGGGGCUCAGCCUGAGGAUGACAAUAUAGAAUUUGAUGAUCAAGAGGAGGAAGAUGAGGAUGAUGAUAGUGAGGAUGAAGUUGAUGAUAUAUAGUAUCCAAGAUAUAAAGAAAAACGUUUCCAAUUCGGAAAAUAAAGUUUGUUAAAUUACGUAUGAUUUAUUUUGUGUAUUGUAAACUAAAAUUUGAAACAUGAUGACAAAAAACACAUUUGUUAUAUCCAAAUAUAUAUCUUAUUUGAUGUAAAAUUUUUAAUGCGAU